AUGCCUUCAAAACAAGAGAGAAAACGAAAAUUGGCUAAAGAAUAUCGUCAAAGGCGCCUUGCUAAUGAUGACGUUUCUAUGGAUGUGUGUUCUGUUGGUGGUUCGUUGGACGGUAAUAAUAUGUCUAUUGUCGGUAGUUUUAUUGAUGGGGGCAGUAAAGGGGAAAGGGUUUCAAUAGUUGAUGAUAUUUCUGAUAUUUCUUUAACUGAUUCUAUUUUUUCACGUAGUGUAUCGCCUAAUAGUAUUUCAUCUAUUUCUCGUGGGGGGAGACCGAAAAAAAGGAAAACCUGUCGGGGUAGACCUAAAAAGAGUAUUUUAAGUGAAAAUUUUCCUAAUGAUAAUUCGAAUAUGAAUUUUGAACCUGAUUUUUUGUCUGUUGAUUUAUUAGAUAUUCCUUUUGGUCCUGUUUUACACAGUGAUAAUCGUAUGAUUAAUAUGAAUAUAAGUGUUGCAAGAGAUUAUAUUAUGGAAAUGUGGUCUGAUCCAAAUACUUGGUUACAAGAGGAUUAUAUCUAUUCUUAUCUUAAAUAUUUGACUACUUCAACAGAAAAACGUGUUGUUGUACUUGACCCAACUUAUUCUUUUGUUGAUUAUCAAUAUGGGGAUAGAGAUCCACUAAUUCCUAUAGAGAAUUGUUAUAAUUAUUCAGUGAAUUAUGAUAUUCUAUUUAUACCCAUUUGUUUUCCUGGUCAUUUUGGUCUUGUAAUUUAUGAUAGAUCUGUUAGAAAUAAUCCUGUUUGUUUGUUUGUUGAUUCUUUGCCUGCUGUUGACAGGUUAUUUAAUGUUAGAUAUCCAGGAUUUGACAUUAGGCGAAUUGAUUUGAUUAAGAGGGCUAUAAUUGAGUUAACCCCUAAUAUUAACGAGAACGAUAUUCACAUUACAGCACUUUCUCGUGGGGACUUUGUUGAACAAUUAGAUGGGGUAAACUGUGGAUUUUUUGAAACGUAUUUUAUGGAAUUUUUCGAAGUUGAUUCUUUCUAA